AUGACGAUAAUUGUUUUUCUGAUCGACAAUAGCGCGUCUAUGAACCAGCGCACAAUUCAAGGGACUACGUUGCUCGAUGUCGCGAAAUCUGCAACCGAGUUAUUUUUCAAGAUCCGUUUAAACAAGUCCAGGGUUGAUCGCUAUUUUAUAUUGACUCUUGACGAUGACUGUCAAUACGUUAAACUAGCAGGCUGGAGACAAAAUGUGGACCUUCAGUGUAUUCACGCUGCGCUCAAUACUAUUAAGGCUGACGGACAGACGCCACUUAGCGUGGGUUUGCAGCGGACGUUUCGUAUGCUUAACUUGAACCGGCUUCAACUUGGCCUGGAGAAUUACGGAAUGGGUAUGUUCCCGUCAUAUAUUGAGCCUGCUGUAAUAUUGUGCAUUACUGAUGGAUGUUGCAGUACUAGUCUAGACGAGUCCAUAUUGAAGGAUGUGUCAAUGUCUUCCAUUGAGACAACAAUAUUUGGACAGCCAUUGACCAAUGAUUCAUUUCGCUGGGAUUACCGGCUUUAUUCUGUUAUUUUACGGUAUCCCGGUUUUGUCGAAACUGUGGACACCACUUUCCAAAAGUCGGAUAUGAAUGAAUUGCCCGUGGUUAAAACCUCUGAACUUACCGGUGGAAAGGGCUUUUACGUAUCAGACAAUCGGGAGUUGCAACAGUGUUUAGAGUCCUUAGCUCCGAAAUGCCAGCCUGCGGUCGUAAUUGACUUCACACCCGGUGCUGAUUUUGAGCAGUCGGAAACUUCCACUCAUAACGAAAACACGCACAAACAGCUGGUAUACAUCAAAUUGAUGGGUCGAGUCUGUUCUAACUGGCCAAUUCCGGAAACGUUUUGGCUUGAUGAUGAGCUGAUUUCCUCUCAUUUGCCUGCGCGACCUGCACACCCGAGGAUUUUUGUGUCUACAUCGCAGGUCCAAAUACCUAAUGUGCCUGAAUAUUUCCCUGUCGAUCGAUAUGAACUUGAGCCAUCGCUUUUUACUCAAAUGCUUUGCAUCCGGGAUCCAGCUAAGGUGUGGCAGUGCUUUGGAGCUGAUGGCAAGCAUGCACAGAGUGCCCCGUUCGGAUAUCUCAAGUCAUCACCUGAUCUUCAAACAGUGCACUUGCAUGUACUCCCAUAUGACUAUCCAAAUUUUUGUCAUCUCUUAAAUGAGUUAUACGAAGUACACCACAUGCGAAUGAGUGAAGCAUGGGGGCACAGGUUUGUAGGCUACCUAAGUAGCAUUCCCCGCUACUACUUUAUGCCCCUUACAAAGGCGUUUGAAAGAUUUGGAUUCCAGAGUGUGAUUAAGCCUGAAGCCGUUGAUCGUGUUCUCCCCUACCAAUUGAAGCACACACUGCAAAAGUUGCGGCACGCUGCUAAAAUAGAAUACGACAAUUUUGUGCGCACCACACAAAAUGGAGAGCACUCCUUCACAAAUAUCAAGCUUCCGGCCUCUCUGCUUCCCUUUCCUCUUUGGUCACUGCGUGAGUUGCGUCCUAGCACAGGACGACGUGUAAUUCAGUCGGCUGCCCACCCGUAUGCUCGCGCAGCUGAUGUGGAAAGAAGCAAGCUGCGGAUUGCUCUGCGAAGGAUGCGACGCAACUUAGACGCCAUACUAGGCGGACGGCAGACUGAUUCCCAUGAUAGCUCGGUCCAUGAACAACCAGUUGCCACUAUGGGUGAUUAUCUUAGUUACAAGGCGGCUCACGAGUUCGAACCGGUUCUCAGGGAAAUAAACCCAUCCCCAGAAAGGCUAGAUACGUUCGGCAAUCCAUUCCGAAAGAAGACGACAGCCAGUUUCAUUGCCGAUGAAGUAUAUGUUGACGAGAUGGGCUUAACUGCUGGUGUUCCCGGGGGCGCUAACGCCACUUUAGUGGUCCCGGGCCGAAAAAGACAGCACACCAAGAGUUCCAACACCGUAGUCCGAAAUAAAGGUCCUCUCCCCGCUUACAUUAACCACCUCAACUGGCGUGAAUUUUCUCCGAAGAACUCUCCGCCCAACUCUCCCAUUCCCAAUCACUCAGAUGACACUAUAACGACGGUUGUGCAAAAACAAGCGCCCGCAUUGCCGACGUUCUCAAAACAAACAGAGAAGGCGAUGUCAAACAAGGAUGCGUUUAUUUCGAAUGAACGAGUUGUUCGAGACCUUACGAGGAUCGUCCGUGAACCUCAUGCAGACGGCUCCGGCAUCUUCGCCCGUCUGAAUGACCUAUCCGGCAGUUUGGCCCAACGCUAUGCAGCAAUUUCAGUGAUCAUGUCAGAGGCAUUGCGAUUCAAGCGUUCUGUGCUGUAUACAAUACUGAAAGAUUGGCGACAAUGGAUACUACGCAGCGAGGCCUAUUUACCUGCUCUUGUAAAUCCUGAUAAUCGUCAAACUCUGUCGGAGCUCGUCGCGCCGCAGGUUAACGGCUGGGGCUAA